AUGAUGGGUGCCCCGGAAGUCGCGGAAGUCGCCUUCCUACAGCUAUCAGUUGAUUACGAUCCAGAGGAGCUACGAGAUAUCCUCCAGAAAACGCAGCAAAUCCAAGCUCAAUGGAUCCGUCUACACCAGCCAAAGCUUCUUGAGGGAAAGCCGUACAACCAUACAACGGAAAUCUGGAUUGGCGAACACGAGAAACCUUACUUGUUGCUUACAGCUCCUUGGGAGUCAGUGGAUGCACACAAUCAAUGGAUCCAGAGCCAAGAAAACAUAUCUCUGAUGCAAAAACUCAAAGGAUUCAUCAGCCAAGACAAGGAUUCUGUAGUUUUGUACCACUUUACACCUGCAGGCGGGAACAAUGACUUCCGUGGUGACAUUCUUGCUCGCGGGCCAGUCAAGCUCUGGAAGAUAUCUGUGAAGCCCGAAUGCAAGGCAAAGCUCGAGGAGGAGUACCGCGCCAUUGAGAGUCAAUCCUCGACAGAACCCAACCAAAGGAUGUGGGCAGGAUGGAGGAUAGAAAAAGAGGGCACCGAAAAUAUGGUCAUCCUUGCGUCUCCGGGGUUCGAAGAGGUUGUAGAGUCCGGCAUUGCAGUAAAGUUCCAAGAUGCCCAAGUCUCCCGGUUCGAACACAAGCCCUUUAUACAUUAG